AUUCAGUGUCAAGCUACAGGACCAACGAUAUCUCCCAGGCGUACGUAAUGGCGCCUACAGGCUCCGGACCAUAUCAUGUCGCCCCCGGACCUCCAGUUUCCUCUUCCAUUAAUACUGGACCACCUUAUCCUGACCACUCGCACCGCGCUGCUUCGAUGCAAGGCGAUCAUCAGCCGCCGAAUUUGCCAGGACCCCUGAGAGUUUAUGUCACCAUUCAUUACAUAGCUUUCAACACUAGUAUACCUUAUUCUCGGCCGCCCGGGAUAUGGCCUCCGAGUUGUGGUCAAAAGCAGGGUCCUGCAAAGCAAUAUGCCGAGAAUGAUGGGUACUCUCAAACUCUUGAGUCUACCAGUCAUGACAAUGAACUCUCACGUUGGAUAGGCCUUGCGCCUACUCAAAACUCAUCCAAUGUAACUAGAGGACGGUAUAUUCAGAGACAACCACCGCAUGUUGGGUGUGAGGACCGGGCAGCAAUAGCUCCUGAUGAGCCAUUCAUCAAGUCCCGUCAAGCACACGAUACGGGGUUAAAUCGCGACCUGCUAUCCACUGGGUUGUAUCACUCUGGUGCCUCGAACGGACACCCGCCAACUUACGACCAACCGUAUGAUGUCUACUAUGAUAAGAGUUAUCACAAGGCUAUUGCUAGUCAGCGCACAACGCUCCAUGGCUUAGAUCCACCGCAUCUCGCCAAAGAGGGUCCUCGUCCUACGCACCAACAAUCUCGACCUCUUGUUCCUCCUUUAGUCGAAUCGAUGUCUGAACAUAACAUUAGACCGUACAGGGGAUGAGCAAGUGUCCUACGCACCUAGAAGGACAGAAUCAACGAGACUACGCCCGGAACUCUGAAAUACCCGACUGAUGCAACAAGACACAUGGCCUAGUAGAAAGGAAAGCGAGUUCCUCGUUCUGCAAGUAUUUUGGAGCCAACUUUUACAGGGAGACUAUAUGGGGAGGCCGACAGCUUCAAUCUGACUGCUGCGCUAGUCACAUUUGCCGGACCAUGACAUCCAUACACAAAGACAUGCAGGU